AUUUUCUAUAAAAUAUUCACACACACACUCACACACGCACACACACACAUAGAAACACAUAACUUCGUCAUCUAAUAAUUUUUUUUUUAAAAAAAGAAAGUUAAAAAAAGAAGAAAAGACGGAAAACAUUCAAUCAAUAUAUUUUACCAAAAAUGUUUAUGUAAUUAACGAAUCAGAUCAUUAAAGAAGUAAGAAAAAACUAAAAACAAAAUAAAAUAAAAUAGAAUUGGAAAUAAAACAAUUCAGUUGUAAAUUUUAACUUAGAUCAUAUUACUAUCAAAUUAUUCAACUAUCUAUCUAUAUUACUGAUUAGUGCAAUAAAAUAAAUAAUCAAAGAUCUUCCUCUUAUUUUUAUUUAUUUAUUCAUCAUCAUCAUCAUCAUCAUGACAACAAAUGAAAACAAUAAUCAAUUAGAAAUCAAUCAAUCAAUCAAUUAUACUGAAUCAAUUUAUCAUUUAUGUUAUGGUUAUUUAAUACAUGAUUUAAAAAUUAAAAAUAAAUCACAAUUAUUUGAUAGAACUAUUGCUGAAAAUGAAAUUGAUCAUAUUAAACCAAUAUGUUCUAUACGUUUAUAUUUAUUAUUUUGUAAAGAUUGUUUACGUAUAAAACGUUAUAUAACUAAUACAAAUCGUUAUAAACGUUAUACAUUAUAUUAUAAACAAAUUGAAGUGUAUUAUUUUACACCCUAUAUGAAAAAUGUAUUAAUAUUAGGUAUCCUAUCACCAAAUGGUCUAAAACGUAGUUAUCAAUAUAUUUAUAUUAAAAAUAAUGAUGAUCAUUUUAAAAUACAAACAAUAUUAAAUCAAAUAUUUGAAAAUUCAUUAAAAAUAUUAACAAAUAUGCCAAUUAUUGGUCAAUUAUUAAUUAAAAGUUUUCAUAAUGAAUCUGUACGUAGUAAAAGAUUAGGACAAAUAAUUUUAGAUGAUUUACAUACAUCUAAUGAUAUGGUUAAUGAAAUCAAAGAAAAUGAUGAUAGUAAUCCAAUCAUUAAUGAAUAGAUAAAUGAAAAUAAUAAAAACUUAUCUUAAAUAUGGAUGAUACCUUUUUUUUAUAAAAAUCCUCAUCCAAAUAUACAUUUUUAUAUGAUAAUAAUUUUGUAAAGACGUAUGUGUAUUCUAUAUUUAAUUAAAUAAAUUUGUUUAUUAUUAAAACUUAUAAUUGUUUCAAUGGUUAAGAUCACGAGUCAGUUGAAGCUAGACCACCA